AUGGGUUUUCAGUUCACCCGAAAGAUGGAUAUGGCUCCCUUCAAAGAUGAAGUUGAGCUUGGCCCAUCUGGCGAAAGUGAAGCCGAGCAAUCACUCCUCUACCCUGCUCGGUGGUAUAAACCUCGAUUUCCACGAUCAGUGAAAUCACUCCUGAUCAUUCAAUGGGUCAUCAUCGCGCUCCUUUCAAUUCCUGGGGUCGUUUCAUGGCUCGGGUUGCUUAAGACAGCUCCAUCUGGGGACACCCCCGUUCAACACUUAAUCCGCCAUCGGAAUGUGGUCUAUGUGGCUGGGUUUGGUUCUGAAUUAAGCGAGUACCAGGGCCCACCAUCCCCGGAAAACAAUGCCGCAUGGAGUGAUCUUUAUAACUUCGGGAUCAGUAGGAUUCCGAAAAGUGACGCGGCACAUCUUGUCAACAAAACUGUACCGAUCGCAGACGACCCUGGACAGUAUGCGAUAUCUCUUGAUGUCUUCCAUCAGCUACAUUGCCUGAAUAUGGUUCGAAAACGGGUUUGGUCUACUGAGGUCUAUCUCCCAGAAGACGAGCUCAUGGGUAUUGAACAUAUCGAUCACUGCAUUGACACCAUCCGACAGAGUUUGAUGUGUGCUGUUGAUGUCACUCCCCUGCCUUUCGUCUGGGUCGAACGGGAUCAAAGAGUCAAAGAAGUUGCGGCGGUGAUUCACACUUGUCGUGACUUCGAUGCCAUCAAGGAUUGGGCGCAGGAGCACCAUAUCAAAACAUUUGAUCGCACUAAACAUGUUCAUGAUGACUUGCUAGAUUAG